AUGUUGCGACUUCUAUUGUUGACGAUUAUCGCGACUGCGUCAGCGCAGAUCCCUUCGCUCGGAUGGUGUCCAGAUUUUCAAGCUAUGGCAAACUUCAACAUGAACCGUUUCCUUGGAACAUGGUAUGAGGCUGAGAGGUAUUUCACCGUCACUGAGCUGGGCACCCGCUGCGUCACCACUCACUACACCGCAACACCUGAAGGAAGAAUCCUGGUCACCAAUGAGAUCACCAACUCCUUGACUGGCUUCAAGCGGAUUAUGGAAGGUCACCUGCAGAAGGUCGGCAGGGAAGGCGAGGGCCGUGUCAUGGUGAAAUACUCCUCAGUUCCGUUGCCUUAUGACUUCGAAUACAGCAUCCUGGACACCGAUUACGACAGCUAUGCUGUUAUGUGGUCUUGCAGUGGUAUUGGACCCGUGCAUACUCAAAACACUUGGUUGCUGACUCGUGAUAGACUCCCAUCCCUGGCUGUGAUGCAAAACGCGUAUGCCGUCCUCGACAGGUUCAAGAUCUCUAGAACUUUCUUCUUGAAGACCAACCAAGCUGACUGUACCAUACUGCCUGAACCAGCAGCAGUGAGCGAACUUAAGAAUGCUGAUGUGCCUGUAGUUGCUGAGGAAGUUGAGAAAGAAAAGGUGGUCGAGCAACCUGUGGAGAAGGCAGUAGAGCCCGAAGUGAAGGCAGUUGAGCCCGAAGUGAGAUCUGCGGUACCAGCAGAGAUUGCAGCAGAAGAAGCUAACAAGCCGAUGCAAGUCCCUGAACUGAUCAUGUCUGAAUCUGAAAAGAAGGAAGAGAAAAUUGAGAAAAUAGAAGAACCAGCAAUGAUAGCCGAAAUAAAGGAAACUAAGGAAGCGCCUGCACAGUAGAACGAAUUUUGAAAGAAUCAACCAGGGCUG